UGCUGCCAUAUUGGGUAGCGUAGCACUAAGUUGAACUUCAUUUCACUUUGCGAAUUGUGUAACGAGUUAAACGAGUACUAUUGACGUACAAGAGGUUUGCUUUUCUUUUAAGAUUCUAGUCAAAAUGAUGCGGAUUUUCGGAAAAUCUACAAUUCAGAAAGUUCAGCGAACAAUUCUGACUCGACCCUACAGUCCGCAGGCUGGGUCUCGGAGCAGUAGCAAUCCAUCCGCAUCCGCGGCUAAUGUACCUGGUCUUAGCAAAAACUGCGUAGAUAUUCCAAAUAAUCCGGUUGGACCAAAUGCUUCAAAAAAUGGUGAAUACAAAAAUCCUGAGUACUUCUGUUACAAUGUGACCAGUUUUGCGGAGGCAGAAGUUGAAAUGGCCAAAUUUCGACUACCAGCUCCAUCGAAUAAGAAGAAGUCUAAGUAAUGUCAUUUGAUGUCUAGCUCUUAUCAUAAGAUACCAGUUUGUUGCAUGGUAACUAAACCAGCUAUGAUGUUUGAUGAUACAUGAUUUACUAGGUAGCAAAGUUAGUAAAUAAUUUCUAAUUUAACUGUACAAAAGGUGGAUCGAUGUUUACUAUUCACAGAUUAAUAAAUUUAAAUUGUAAAUAUGAAA